AAACAAAGAGUAAAGCAAGAAGGCGUCAAGUCAAGCCGCGGCUCGUGUAUUUUGUGACUAGAAAAUUGUAAGUACACGUGUUAUGAAACAUAUAGAGGAGUAAAUGUUUAGAAAAGUUUUGUGUACAAUUAGUAGCAUAGCUUACAAUAAUUCUUCGCACAGCUUUGUAAAUAGGCAUCUCAUCGCGCAAUCUAGAACUAUGAAGAUCGGGACUCAUGAUGGCGUCUUCCACUGUGAUGAAGUGCUCGCAUGCUACAUGCUCAAGCUUCUACCGCAGUAUAAAGACGCAGUCAUUGUCCGGACACGAGAUAUGGCCAAACUUAAUGAUUGUGACAUCGUAGUGGACGUCGGGGCUGUCUUUGACCAUGCCAAAAAGCGGUAUGAUCAUCACCAAAGAGAGUUCAAUGAAUCUCUAAGCUCCUUGAGACCAGAACUUGGUGACAAGUAUAAAAUCAAGUUAAGUUCAGCAGGACUGGUGUACACCUAUUAUGGUGAAGACGUCAUCAAGCAGCUUGUGCCAAGUGAUUCACCCUUAGCUGCGAAAGACCUUGAAGUAAUAUACAAGAAGGUUUAUCAAAAUUUCAUUGAAGAAAUUGAUGCUAUAGAUAAUGGAGUUCCAAUAGCUUCUGAGGAACCAAGAUAUAAAAUACGAACUCAUUUGAGCAGUAGAGUAGCACGGUUGAAUCCUGAAUGGAAUUCUAAAUCAGUUGUCAAUAUGGAUGAAAUAUUUGAAAAAGCAAUGGUGUUAGUCAGUGAAGAGUUCCUGCAUACUGUGAACUACUUCAUGAAAGUUUGGCUUCCCGCCAGAGUUUACGUCAGGGAGGCAUUAGACAACAGAUUUGUCAUACAUAAAUCAGGACAGAUUGUUGAGUUCACCGAAAGAUUCCCUUGGAAAGAACAUUUAUUUGAUUUAGAAGAAGAAAUGAAUAUUGGACAUGAAAUUAAAUAUGUAAUUUUUAAUGAUAAACCGAACUCAUGGAGAGUGCAAGCAGUACCUGUCAAUCCUACUAGCUUUGUUACCAGAAAACCCUUGCACCCAAAAUGGUGGGGUGUGAGAGACGAAGUGCUGAGUGAAGUAGCGGGAAUUGCGAACUGUGUAUUUUGCCACAGUACUGGAUUUAUUGGUGGCAACACUACAAGGAACGGUGCAUUCACAAUGGCCGUUGCUAGUUUGGAAUCAGAAACAUAGUCUUGUAUUUUUAUUUUUUAUACUACAAUAAAUUUACUUGACGCAUUUAAAUUAC